AUGACCGUCCAACGUCUCAAUUCAUUUUUCGCCCUGUACGUCCCGCUUCAUUAUCCGAGUUUGAUGUUGAACGUCAACGCCAUGGUUCGUCGCGAACGAACAAUGCUACCCGAAUUACUUAUUCUUCUUGUUUUUAUACUCGACGGUCUCUUCUUUAAAAGGAAACAACUGGCUUCGAAAUUAACAUAUGAACGCGAGACGCAGAAAGUAGAAUACAAUCGGCAUGCUGUUCUUAUUCCCCCUGAUAUGUUGAUCUGCGGAACCAACGCUCAGAAACCGAAGUGCAUUCAUGCCGAGAUGUCGAACUUGGAGAGUGGUUGGAGGAGAAGGAACGCGACGGACGGUCUGUACAAGUGUCCGUUUGCCGUCGACCAAAAAGUAACGUCAGUCUUCGCGGAGGGUAGCCUGUACGCCGGGACGGUCGCCGAUUUCAACGGCAGGGAUUCCACACUGACGAGGUCGAUGGGCAACGCCGUUCCUCUCAUAACCAAGAGGCACGAUUCGUUGUGGCUGAAUCACCCACAAUUCGUCGGUUCGUUUGUAGAGGGAAGAGAAGUGUUUUUCUUCUUCCGAGAAGUUUCCGUAGAAAACUGCGAGAAGAUUUACCGUUCUCGAAUCGCCCGCGUUUGCACCGACGACAAGGGAGGCAGAACGAUACUGGACUCCAGCUGGACGACUUUUCUGAAGGCACGACUCGACUGUUCGUUCCGAGGGGAAUUUCCGUUCCGCUUUAACUACUUGCAGGACGUCUUGCGGACAGUCCGCGGAGGAAAGGUCUUCUACUACGCAGUUUUUACGACGGGAAAACACGAAAUACCCGCCUCGGCCAUCUGCCGUUUCGGCAUCGACGACAUAAUGGACAACUUUGAAAGAGGUCCGUUCUUGCGACCGACGGCGCCUUGGGGACGCAUCUUUGACGAGGACGUUCCGGACAACAGACCGGGCGAUUGUUCGGUCGACUCGACUCUACUCUCGUACGAAGAUCUAAACUUCGUGAAAUCGCACCCGUCGCUGUACAAACCUUUUCUUUACGCUCGUUCGACAAAACUACAGGUUGAAGACGUUGGCCGUUACUGA